AACACACUCUUGUCUCGAUCCUUAACCACACCAACCACAACCACAAACCUCAACAAACAACAUCCCUCUGCUCCUCUCACUCAGAUGAAGCAGCUCAUCCGUCGCCUCUCGCGCGUCGCUGACUCCUCAAAUUACACGCUCCUCCGCUCGGACUCCUCCUCCUCGUCGAGGGGCUGCCGCCGGCGCCACCGCUCGGAGUCCUUCCGCGCCUCCAAGAUCCGCCGAUCCUCUGCAGUGGUGCCGGAGGGGCACGUGCCGAUCUACGUCGGCGACGAGAUGGAGAGGUUUGUGGUUUGCGCUGAGCUCCUCAACCACCCUGUCUUCGUGCAACUACUCAACGAAUCCGCGCAGGAAUACGGCUACGAGCAGAAAGGUGUGCUCCGUUUGCCAUGCCGCGUCUUCGAUUUCGAGCGCGUGCUCCACGCGCUGCGCCUUGGCCUCGACGUGCCGGAUGUUUCCGAGCUCGUUAACUUCUUGCCGGAAGAAUCAUCCUGAAAAGUAAAUGAAAACAGAAUACGCAGCUCAUGAUUUGGUUGGAUGUUUUGCUGGUUUUUGGUUUUUGUUGCACUGUAAAUACAGAUUAGAAACUUGAGAAAAAAAGAGGCACAUAAAUUUAGGGUUUGUAAUUGUUUUUCCUGGUUCGGUUUCUUCAGGUUGUUGUUGUUGUUCUGUCACUGUAAAGGCGAAGAUAUUUUUAACGCAGUUGUUUGCGACCGGAGAAUGAGAAUCAUCACUUUUUUGACA